ACCAUUAACGGCUGAAGAUUUGGUAAAUCUACCUACACGAUUUCAAAGAAAUGUUUUAUCAACAACUUUAUUCGCUCCAAAUCAAGUCACUGUUUUAGGUGAAAAGAAACAGACUUUCACAUUUGAUCAUGUAUUUGGUCCAGAUUCGACCCAAAAAGAUAUAUAUGAUCGUUGUAUCAAAACUUACGGUCAAACCUCAUCUGGUAAAACUCACACCAUGGGAACUGCCGAUAGUUCAUCAUCUCCUCCAGAUUCAAGAGGUAUAAUCCCGCGGUCAUUGGCUACACUCUUUUCAUACAUAAAUUCUGCGCAAUAUAAAAAUCGAAAAUUCACUAUGAAGGUAUCUUUUGUGGAAAUAUAUAAUGAAGACUUGAUUGAUCUUCUUGCUGAAGGCGAUGAUGAGUGUAAACCUCAAGUCUUAAUAAGAGAAGAUUCUAAAGGAAAUAUCAUUUGGAGUGGUUUACAAGAAAUUAAAGUUUGCACUGUUGAAGAAUUUAUUCCUUCCGGUGGUGUUCCAGCAAGUCCAACUCCAUCAUCACGUCCAUCAACUCCAAGUAAAUUAUCUGAUUCAAGAUUCGCUUCUUCCCCUUCAAGAGCUAGUUCUAGAUUGGGUAAACGAUCUGAUGAUGGUGAUUGGGUUUCUGUAACGAGUAAAUUUCAUUUCGUCGAUUUAGCUGGUAGUGAAAGGCUUAAACGUACAUCCGCUAUUGGUGAUCGUGCAAAAGAAGGAAUUUCAAUUAACUCGGGUCUUUUGGCUUUGGGUAAUGUAAUUUCGGCUUUAGGUGAUCCAACAAAAGCAAAAAGUACAACACAUAUUCCUUAUAGGGACUCUAAACUUACUCGAUUAUUACAAGAUUCUCUUGGUGGUAACGCUCAAACUUUAAUGAUUGCUUGUGUUUCUCCUGCUGAAUAUAAUAUAGCUGAAACAGUAAAUACUUUAAAAUACGCUAAUCGUGCUAGAAAUAUAAAAAAUGUUGCUACCGUUACUCAAGAAGAAGCUGGUUGGCAUGAUUUAGAACAUUUACAACAUUUAGUUAUAAAAUUAAGAGCUGAAAUUAAAAAUUUAAAACUUUCUACCGGUAUUACUCCGGCUUCUGGUAGAAGUACUCCUUCCGAUCCUAUUAAUAAUCUUAAUAAUCUUAAUAAUCGUAGAAGUUCUUCCACUUCUUCUUCUUUUAUUCCUAAUAAUUUUAAUAAUUUUAUAAAUUCUUCAAGAAAUGAAAAAGAUAUUGAAGCCCUUGAAGAUCAAUUGGCUGAACUUCAACGUUCUUAUUCUGAAUUAACUCAAAAUUAUGCUAAAAUCUCCGCUGAAUUAUCUUCUUAUCAAGAUAAUGAUAUUUCUCCUCCUUCUUCUCGUCAAUUAAAUGUUAUCUUGGAAAAUGAUGAUGAUGACUUUUUAUCUCAUGCUACUGCCUCUUUUCAAGAAACUGUGGCUCCAGUUAUUGCUGAAUAUGAAAGAUCUAUUAAUGAACUUGAAAGUCAAUUAAAAAUUGCUCGUGCUUCUUUAAAUACUACGGAAAAAUUAAUGCAAGAUCAAGAAUUAAAACUUGAAGAAGCUGAUGAUUUAAAUUCUAGAAAUAAAUUAUUAAUUAAUGAUCUUAAAAAUAAGAUUUUAAAACUUAAUGAACGUGAAGAAACUACUGAAAAUUAUAUUAAAGAUCUUGAAACUAAACUUGAUUCUCAUGCUAAUGAUCAAAAAAGAGAUCAAGAUACUAUAAAUGAUCUUAGAAAUAAAAUUUCUCAACUUAGAUCUAAUGGUGAAAAUAAUGAAGGAAUUAUUCAAAAAUUAGAAACUCGUUUAGCAAGAAGUGAAAGUAAAGCUGAAAUUAUGAAUGAAACUGCUCAACAUCUUGAAAAAGCUUUAAUGGAAAGAGAAGAUGCUUACGCUAAAUUAGAUGCAAAAUAUAAAAGAGAAAAAGCUCAAGAUGAACAACAACAAAAUUUAUUAAUGGCCGAAAUUGAAGAUAGAGAUCGUAGAAUUGCUCAACUUGAGAAAAAAGUCGAUGAUCUUAUCGCUGAAAUUGCUCAAUUUAAAAAACUUAAAGUUGAUGUUAAUAAAGCUCCUCGUCGUAAACAUCAAAAAUAUCAAUCAUGCCUUGGUGAAAUUGAUGAACUUCAAGCUCAAAUUCAAGAUACUAAAGUACAUUUUGAAGUUAAUAUUGAUACUGAUGAUUCUUCACCAACGACUAAUCAAUCGGAAACUAUUCAUCAUGAUCCAAAUUCUUUAUCACCUCCUAAUUAUGGUUCUCAUCGUAAAUCAAGAUCUCUUUCCGCUGAAAUUCAAGGCGCUGAAAAACGUGAACUUUCAAGUAUGGCAAUGAUUCAAAAACUUCAAAUUGAACUUAAACAAUUGGAAUCUUUACAUAAAGAUAAAGCUGAAGGUUUAGAAGCUGUUAAAAAAGAAUUUGCAAAAUUAGAAGUUAAUCAUCUUGAAACUCUUGAAAUUGUUGAAGAACUUCGUGAAGAAAUAAAAAGACGUGAUGCUUUAGCUCAAAUUGAAGUUAUGUCAGUAAUGACUUCUGAAUAUGCUUAUACUGAAUCUGGUUAUUCGGCUGCUACUAGUGAAGUAGAUCAAUUAGAUAUUGUACAUCGUCUUAGAGAAGAAGUUGAAUUACUUAAAGAAGAACAAAGACGAAAUCUUGAUAUAAUUGCAAAGAAUGAAAAAGAUGAUGAUAAAAAUGAUGAAAUUUCUAAAAUUGAAGCUAAUAUUACUGAACUUAAAUCUGAAAUGCAACGUUUAAUUGAUGAUAAUGGUGAUGAAAAUGAUAUUAUAACGUUACAAUCCAGAAUUAAAGAAUUAGAAGAUGAACGAGAAGCUCAAAGACAAUUAAAUAUUAAUGAAGCAGUAGCUCGUCUUGAAGGUGUAUUAACCGUACCUGAUGAAAAUACUGAAAUAUCAGAAUUACGACAACAAGUUGAUAAACUUCAAGGUGAAAUCGAAUCAAAAAAGAACAAGAUUAAAUCGCUUGAAGAACAAUUAAUAAAAGCAAAAGAAACUCCAAGUAUUCCUUCUCCACGUAAUUCUAUAAUUAAUAGUUCUGAUCCAACUUAUGAAGCUGUUGGUGGUCUUCAAGAAAAACUCGCUACAUUAAAACAAGAACUUGCUCUUAAAUCCGAGUCCAUAAAAAAUUUACAAAAUGAACAAGAAAUUGUGACUGUGCUUCAAGAACAACUUGAAACACUCAAAUUGGACAUUCAUCAUAAAUAUGAACUUAUUGAGAUACUUAAACGUGAUCUUGCGGAUAAGGCAAAUCUUCAGCAAAGAUUAAAAGAAAAAGAAGCUGAAGCGUUAAUAUUCAGAUCUAAACUUAUGGAAGUUCAUAAACAAGAAACUGAACUUGAAAAUGAAAUGAAUAAACUCAAAAUAAGAUUAGAGAAAUUAGAAAAUGGUGAAGAUGUAAAUAAAGUUCUUCAAAACGAAUUGGAAACUCUAAGAAAAGAACUCAAAGAUGUUCGAGCUAGAGAAGCCGUUACACUUGAUAGGCUUCAUGUUCUCAAAGCAAGAUUAGGAUCUGAUCAAGAAGAAACUCAUUUACAAGAACAAUUAGAACAUUUACGAGUUGUUGAAAUUGCUCAAAGAGAAAGAAUUGCAAUUUUGGAAGGAAGACUUUCUGAACAAGGUGGACAAAUUGAUGAAGAUUUUAUUAAAUUAAAAACUGAAUUGGCACUCGCACGUGAAUCGGAAGCUGCUCAAAAACGUACGAUUGAAAACCUAGAGAUUAAACUCAAAAAAGCUGAAGAAAGAUCCCAAUUAACAACUCUUAGACGUGAGAUUACUGGAUUAAAAGCUAAGGAAGCCGAACAAAUUAAGAAAAUAAAAGACUUGGAAGGUCAAUUAAAUGAAUCAGUUAAUAAAGAUUCAAAUCAAGUUAAAUUAUUAAAAGAUGAAAUUGAAACUUUAUGUGGAAAUGAACAAGAACAACGUAAACAAAUUGAAAUUCUUGAAUCUCGAUUAGAACUUAUUAAAAAUGAAGAUCCAAAUAUUUCCGUUUUAAGAGAUCAAAUUGCCGGAUUAAAAGCAUCAGAAGCUGAUUUACGAAGAACUGUUCAAGAUUUAGAAUCUAAAUAUAUCUCUGCUCAAAAAGAAAUAAAAGUCUUUGAAACAGUGAAGGAAGAAGUUGUAUUUUUAAAACAAUUAGAAUCUGAACAAAAGACAACAAUUGAACAACUUCAAUCACAACUUCGUAAAAUUAGAAAUUCAAAAGAAGCUGCUGUUAAAGAACUUCAAUCAAUGAAGGGAGGUUUUAGUCUUCAAAAAGAACUCGUGGUGUCUUUAGAAGAAGAAUUAAAAACACUUAGGCAGGAUUUAGCAUUUGCAAAAGAGAAUACAAAUUCAUCAUCGGAAGAAUUAGAAAAAAUAACAAUGUUAUUAAAAGAUACUCAAAAACAACGAGAUGAUGCACAAAGACGUGUUAAAGCUCUAGAAAUUGAAGUUGAAACUUAUAAACUUGCAGGUGACGCUGGUAAUGAAAAUGUGGGAAAUUUACGUGAAGAAUUAAGUAAUGUUAGACUUGAAAUGGAAUCUAAUCAAAAAGAUGCCAUCAAGGAAUUAGAAUCUACUUUAACGAAUUUAGAAACUGAAUUGGUCAUGGCUAAAGAUUCUUCAAAAAUUCACAAAGAAACUAUUUCUACUCUUGAAGAGAAACUUUCAAUCGUUCGUUUACAAUUAAAAGAAGCAAAAGAUUCUGAUGAAAAACGGACUAAUGUAAUCAAAGAAUUGGAUGUCAAAUUUAAUGAAGCGACGAAAAAUUUAUUAGAAAAAGAAAAUAGUCUCAAUAAUCAAGAUAAACUUAUUACUGAAUUGGAAACGUUAAUACAAAAUACUCAAACUGAAUUACAAUCUGUAAAAGUAUCAGAAAGUGAAGCUAUUGGACGCAUAAAAGUACUUGAAGCUAAGCUUGCUGAAGCAACAAAGAUGCAAGUUAAUACUUUAGCUGCGGAACUUGAAGCAUCAGAAGCUGAGCUCAAUAAAUUUAAAUCUCAAAAAGUCAAACACGUUCAACAUAUUAAAAGUUUGGAAAAUAAACUUCAAGAAGUUCAAAGUCGUCAUCAACAAGAAAUUUCUAAACUUAAACAAGCAGAAGAAGAAAUUUCAUCACUCCGAGAGAAAUGUGCGCAAUUGCAAGAAGAGAUUGGUAAUGCUCAUCGUGAUUCUGUCAUUCAGAGCUAUGAAAACAUUGAUAGUAAUAUAGUUGAAGAGCUUACUAGUCAACUUAAAAAAGCUCUAAGUCAAGUUCAAGAACAACAAGAUCGUGUCGCAGAAUUGGAAAAAACUACUAAACAACUUGAAUCCGAAAAGAAAAUACAAUGCGAACGUAAUGAAGAUCUUGAAGAUCAAGUUGAACAAUUACAAAAAGAUCUUGAAACAUUGGCUGAAGAAUUUGCAGAAGCCGCUUCUAAAUUUGAAGACGCUGAUGAAUUAUCUAAACAACAAAAGUGUCGUAUUGUAGAAUUGGAAAAUGCUUUGCGAGAAGCAAAGAAAAAUUAUUCUGAUGACAUGGUUACAAACUUUGAUGGAUCUGAACAUACAAGUCCAUCGCUUGUUAAACUUGCAGCUGCAAAUGAACAAUUGCGUCAGACGAACGAUAGCCUGAAUGCAAAAAUUGCUGAAGCAGAAGAACAAACACAAGUACUAAAUGAUAAAGUUAAAUCUUUAGAAAAUAAACUUAUUCGGCUUGGAUCAAGUGAUCAAGAAUCCAUAAAAGUAUUAAAAGAUAAGAUAAAAGAACUUGAAAUGGAAAAAAAUGGAUUAGAAGAAGCUAAUGAGGCACUUUUUGAUGAACGUGGAAAACUUGAUCAAAAGAUUGAAUUCUUAAUGCAACAAUUACGAUCUGUGAAUACUGGAGAAAAUAAAACGAGUGCUCAAGUUGCUGAAUUAAACGAACAAAUCGUUAAUUUGGAAAGGGAAAUUUUCGAUUUAAAGAAACAAACUUUAGCUGAUACAAAAGAAAUGGAGAAAGAAAUUACUAGACUUAUAGAGAUCAAUGAUCAGCUUGAAAAUGAAAUCAAGAUGAACCCAAGAUCUUCCAAGGACGCUGGUAUAUCACCAGUCUCUGGUUCAUCCGAUGAUGAUAUAAGUUCACGUGAACAAUCCAAACUCUCACGUCAAGAAGUCACCAUUGCUCAGCAAAAUAAUGUUAUUAAAUCUUUACAAGAUAAAAUUUCGGAACUUGAAGAAUCACGCAAAUUAUUACAAGAAGCAAACGUUGAGGCACGUAACUCUGCUUCAUCAAUAGCGUCCAAUUCAUCAGAAACAAAGAAAAAUUCAAGACAUAGAUCUGAUUCUAGUACAUCAUCAGAACUUGCAUUGGAAAUACAAAAAUUGCAAAAGAAAAUUGCAAAGAUGGAGAAUGAAAAUUUACAAAAUCAUCAACUUGUUGAAACAUUGGAGUCCUCACUUAAUGAUAACGAAACAAAUCUACGCGUAGCCAAACAACAGUUAACUAUAUUACAACGUGAGAAGCAAGAGUUCCUUGAACAGAUCAAGAAUUUAAGAGCACAGUUAGAUGAUGCUCAACAACAAGUAGAGCAAGCUAAAUCAACUGUGCGAGAAGAAAAGAAAGUCAUGGAGAGUGUACUUGAAGAAGAACGUAAAGCCAAAGAAAAGGCUGAAAAGGCCCGAAUUGCAAUUGAGAACCAAAUGGAGAAACUUGUUGCAAAGAGAAACAAAUUUAU